GGAGGUCAGAAUGAUUCUGGCUCUGAAUGCAUGAACAGCUGUUACCACUUCUCCUGAUCAGUAAACCUUAUUUCACUACGAGUCACCUGAAUCUUCUGUGUCAUUUCCACCAACCCUCACAUUUCCACAACAAAUUGGCUUCAAUUCGAACAGGAUCUCGACAGAACAAGGACUGGUCCUCCGUGCUGCUGCUGGCCCCCCUGCUGGCUGAAACCGACCCGGCCCCGCGCCGCGUCUCCAGGCCCAUGGGUUCGGCCGGAGCUCAGGGCACAGACGGCCUCUCCACCCACUUCAGGUGGAUGGCCGAGCACGUGCCUGCCUUCCGGGUGCCGGGCGCCCACAUCCACAUCCUCACCUCACCUGAGCAGUUCUACCAGGCCAUGAAGGCCCGUAUCAAGACCGCGCAGAGGCGAGUGGUGAUGGCCUCGUUGUAUUUGGGAACGGGUCAACUGGAGCAGGAGCUGGUGGACUGCAUGGAAGAAGUGCUCCAGCGUUCACAGGACAGCAGCCGCUCUCCCGACCUAAAAGUCUCCAUACUGUUGGACUACACGCGCGGAUCCAGAGGACAGAUAAACUCGAGGACCAUGCUGCUGCCUCUGCUGCAGCGCUUCCCGUCUCAGAUGCGGGUGUCUCUGUACCACACGCCGGACCUGAGGGGGCUCCUGCGACUGCUGGUCCCUCAGCGCUUCAACGAGACCAUCGGAGUCCAGCACAUCAAAGUCUACCUGUUUGACGACAGCGUCAUUAUCAGCGGGGCCAACCUGAGCGACUCCUACUUCACCAACAGACAGGACCGCUACGUGCUGCUGGAGAACUGCAGGGAGGUCGCCGACUUCUUCUCGGACCUGGUGGACGCCGUGGGCGACGUCUCCCUGCAGCUGCAGCCCGACGACUCGGUCACCAUGAUGGAGGGCAUGGUGCACCCGUACAAAGGCAACCGGCAGGACUUCUCCGCGGCGGCGAGGAAGCGCAUCAUGGAGGUGGUGAACACGGCGCAGGUGCGGCAGCGGCUCCUGAACGGCCCGGACGACUCGGAGGACGAGGGCGCGAGCGAGGGUGGCGAGGAGGACACCUGGGUGUUCCCCCUGGUGCAGAUGAAACCUCUGGGCAUCCGGGUGGACGAGCAGGUGACACAGCGCCUGCUGACGGACGCCGGGUCGGACUCGUCCGUGUUCCUGACGUCGGGCUACUUCAACCUGACCACGGCGUACAUGCGUCUGGUGCUCGGGGCCGGGGCCAGCUACCGCAUCCUCACCGCCUCCCCCGAGGUCAACGGGUUCUUCGGGGCCAAGGGCGUCGCCGGGGCCAUCCCGGCCGCCUACAUCCACAUCGCCCGGCAGUUUUACAACCAGGUGUGUCGCCUGGGCCAGCAGGAGCGGGUCCACCUGCACGAGUACCACAGGUCCGAGUGGACCUUCCACGCCAAGGGUCUGUGGUAUUACCUCCAGGGGCAGGAUCGGCCUUGCCUCACUCUAAUUGGCUCCCCUAAUUUCGGUUACCGCUCGGUUCACCGUGACCUGGAGGCCCAGAUCGCCAUAGUAACGGAGAACGAGGAGCUGCAGAGCCAGCUGCAGGAGGAGCAGGAGACGUUGUACAGACUCUCCACGGAGGUGUCCAGCUCCACGUUUGAGCGGCCCGACCGCCACGUCAAGCUGUGGGUGAAGCUGGUCACUCCCCUCAUCAAGAAUUUCUUCUGAAACCGCAUCAGGAGGAAGACGUUUUUUGUUUUCCGUCGGUUCUGGGCCGAAGGUCGACUCCUGCAGGCGAAACACUGGAGCAUCAUCAGCGGCGUCUUCAGCGUCUUUUCCUCGGAUAAAAACCCAGUUUGUCCCAGGAAGUGACUCUCAAACACAAACACACACACAUAUACACACAUAUACACACAUAUACACACAGGAGCAUGUGUUGAACUCGGGAGGAAAAAAAUCCUCUUCUGCAUCUAAACUCUGGCUCCUGGUUUACUCCGUAGCACUGUUUAUAAACGAACACGCGAAGUUAUCAUACCGUGGAUUUCUGGUUUUGUAGUGUUAUCAGCUAUCAGCGUUUCACGGAAGCUACUUUUGCUGUACUUGCACGUGAACCGGUGCUGGUGCAUGAGUAAUAAAUAGAGGCGCCUCUGAUGUAACGAGGGUAAACAGAGGUGUGGUGAAGCAUUUCGAUCCCUGGAGGAGCUUUAAUAACAGAUUUAUAAGCUCUUACAAUGUGAUUACAGCAAACUCUACAGUCUCCGUUAUUAUCUUUGUAAAUUAAAGGACGAUGUGGUUUGUUUUUAAAGCGA